CUGGACCACAAGGUGCCCAUCCUCGGCCCUCAUUUCAUGCCGCCAUCAUACCUACAUGCUCGAAAACGAAAUCAGUCUGAACCUGCAGUCAACCCAGAGAUUUUGUACUUAAAACCAUGUCGCAUUAUUCAUCCAUUCUACUAUCCCAAACUUGCAAGAUGUCCUCGGUGCGACUGUUCAGACAGCAUCCAGUGGGAUGGGUGGACUGGAACGGGUCCUCGGGACAUCCACGGUCUGAUGCUUGAUGAAGCAGCAAUAGGUACACAGCUGCAAUGCGAAAAUUGCAGGAGUGAUCUGAUGAGCAAGAAAGGACCACAAAGCGAGCCUGAAUGGCAUUGCUUUGCAACGACGAACCCUGAUUUCUGGCGCAGAUGGUCCCACUGGUCUAUUCCAGGUGAG